CGGAAUUACCCUGUAUCAAUAGACUUAUUACAGAUUACUGCAACAGAGCAGAAAUGAAAAUGACCAGGAAUCUACAUCACCCACAAUCAUCAGCUAUCCUCCUCCUGCUUCUACUGCCAACAAUAAGGAUGAAGAUACUAACCCAUCAUGUGAUAGCGAAUACGAGGAUUAUUUCGAAGUUACGGGUGAUGAAAACUUCCGAAAUAUUUCUGAGGAACUAGAAGGCAGGAGAAUAGUGAACUUAGGCCAUAUACUAUUCGAGUAUGGAAAAGUGUUAAAUCACUCUAAAGCCUGUACAAUGGGCAGAAUGGAUUUUGUGGAGGAAAAAAUGAUAGGACAUCUCGUCAAGCUACACUUUUUUGCGACAACUGCGAAAAAAGAAUGGUCAUUGAAUCUGAGCCACCCUGUACUACGAAGAAAUCCGUUAAUACAGCUGCAGUUUGGGGGAGUAUUUCGACAGGAAUUGGUCACAGCCAACACGAAGAGUUAAUGGGUGUUUUAAAUGUACCAGCUAUGACUUUCCGAACUUUCAGGAAGAAAACAUCAACUGUCAAGAAGGUAUGGGAAGAAAUUCUGAACGAUGACAUGAAAGCUGCUGGCAUUGAAGAGAAACGGGUUGCAAUUGAAAAAGGCAAUCUCAUGCCUGAUGAUACCCCAUACAUCACCGUUAUCGUUGACGGAGGAUGGAGUAAAAGGACCUACGGGCAUGGAUAUGAUGCCUCUUCUGGUGUAGCUGUUAUUAUUGGUGCUGAGACAAAGAAACCUCUUUUCUUGGGUGCUUGUUUUACGACAAAAAGGAUAUUCCACCAAAACCACAUGAAUGUGCUAAGAACUUUAGUGGACCAUCGACAGCUAUGGAGCAAGACAUCAUAGUUGAUGGAUUUUGUCACAGUGUGGCACAGCAUGGACUUGCUUACAAAUAUUUAAUCGGUGAUGGAGAUUCAAGCGUCUAUGCGCGAAUUGUCGAACGAGUACCAUAUGGUAGACAUGUGGAAAAAAUAGAAUGUGCCAACCACAUGACCAGGUGUGUUAACGACAAGUUACACAAGUUAGUUGCAAACACAUCAUUUCCAUUAGAGAUGGGAAAGAAGCUCACUGAUAAGCAAAAUGGAGUUUCAAGAAUCGAGAGGAUUGUGAAAGGGGUGAGAACGGCCAUUAUCAGAAAUGUGAAAAAUGC